AUGAGCCUACUGUGGAUGGCCCACCACACCCCCCUCAAUCUGUUUCAUCUUAUAUACUCUGUAUUCACUCCCGGUCUAAGUGGCAAGCGCUACUCCCAUGAGUCUCGCCCCGCCCUUCGCACCUACCAUCUAGCUGUGGUAAUACAACCAAUCCCAUAUCAGAUACCUUACAUUCUGAAAUCCUCUCGGGUUACUGAGCAAGUUGUGAAAACCUCACUGUGUACUUCGUAUCGAGGGUCAUUCAACCUGGAUCACUCCACUAAAAAUGAUACUCUAUUGAUUGCGAAUUACCUCCGAUCAAGAAGACAAGGUCGCGUCAAGUUUGUAGUGGAGAGCCUUGUCCUAACACUUGCAGCCUUCCGAACCAGUUCAUGUCAGGGUGGCUGGAGCUUGAAUGCUUGUCAAAACCGGUCGGUAAUUAUCUUGCGGCUUUGUUGCUAG